AUGACUUCUGUCCCCACAGCCAACUGGAACGUGAGCAUGAGCAGCAAGUGGAACAUGAGCCUUGCUACAGCAAGUGAUACCUGGGGACAGGCACUGGGAGUGCCAGCUGGAAAUGCUUCUCCCCCUGUAGCAUCCUCAGCAAGCAACUUCUCCAAUCAGUUUGUACAACCCUCUUGGCGCAUUGCCCUGUGGUCUCUGGCUUAUGGUGGCGUGGUGGCAGUGGCCGUUUUUGGAAAUCUCAUUGUCAUCUGGAUUAUCCUGGCUCACAAGCGCAUGAGGACAGUGACGAACUACUUCCUGGUGAAUCUGGCCUUCUCUGAUGCCUCCAUGGCUGCUUUCAAUACCCUCAUCAACUUCAUCUAUGCACUGCACAGUGAGUGGUACUUUGGAGAGGCUUAUUGCCGCUUCCACAACUUCUUCCCGAUCACAGCUGUCUUCGCCAGCAUCUACUCCAUGACAGCAAUAGCUGUGGACAG